GUGACAGUGUUUUGGAAUUAUAGAGCUCAUCUAUACUAUAAUAACUACCAGCAGUAUUUUCAUCCAGAAAUGUAGAAAAUGUGUGUGGUGUGGGGGGUUAAAUUAAAAGAUUACUUUAUUGCUAUUUAUGAAUUAAUGAUCGGAUUCUGCGCAGAGUCGAGGCGGAGUGAACACUCCCAAACUCACAGCAUUACGUAGUCUGGAGAGAGAGAGAUGUGUGGUUUGUAUAAAGCAGGUGAUCUGUUUGAGCUUUGCUCCGAUUUUAAUCCUGUAGUAGACUAUAUUUGUUCAUUCUGAUGAUAUAUAAAAGACUGAUCACGGUCGAGUUUGCAGCCAUCGUGGAGGACCGACAAACCCUGAAGUGUAAACAAGCGGCUUGCACCUGAAGGAUGUUUUAAUCUACAAACAUGCGUGCACACUUUACUGGCAUGAUUUCCAGGUCAUGUGUGAGGAAAGGUUGUUUAGUCCCUGCAUGAUGUCUUUUACCGAGCACGGCGACUUCAAACAUGGCGGAGUUGGAUGGUGGGGAACUCUCUGCCAGUCGUUCACAUAACAGUAUGGCUAACAAUAAGAACAGCACUCUUCGCUGCACGUUCUCAGCUCCUAGUCACAGUAGCUCACUUCUGAGGGGUCUUUCUGCUCUGCGAGACCAAGGCCAGUUACUGGAUGUAGAACUCACCGUCAACAACAAAUGCUUCCAGGUGCACAAAGCAGUGCUGGCUUCCUGCAGUGACUACUUUAGAGCCAUGUUCACCGGUGGGAUGAAAGAGUCAAACCAGGCCACGAUUGAGCUUAAGGGCUUGUCGGCACGUGGCCUAAAGCACAUCAUCGAUUUCGCUUAUAGCUCUGAGCUCACACUCGACCUCGACUGCAUCCAGGACGUGCUUGGGGCAGCUGUCUUCCUUCAGAUGGUGCCGGUUGUGGAGCUCUGCGAAGAGUUCCUGAAAUCAGCCAUGAGCGUCGAGACUUGUUUGAACAUCGGUCAGAUGGCUGCCACUUUCAGCUUGUCCUCUCUGAAAGAAUCGGUGGACGCGUUCACUUUCCGCCAUUUCCUGCAGAUUGCCGAAGAAGAGGAUUUCCUGCAUAUCCCCAUGGAGCGGCUGGUGUUUUUCCUCCAGAGCAACAAGCUGAAGGGAUGUAGCGAGAUCGAUUUGUUCCACGCGGCCAUCCGGUGGCUUCGGCACGAUGACUCGCGCCGUCCGGCAGCAAAUGAGGUGCUGCGGCACGUGCGUUUCCCGCUCAUGCGCUCCUCCGAGCUGGUGGACCGCGUGCAGACUGUGGAUAUCAUGGUGGAGGAUGUAUUGUGCCGGCAGUACCUGCUUGAGGCGUUUAAUUAUCAGAUACUUCCUUUCCGCCAGCACGAGAUGCAAUCCCCUCGCACCGUCAUUCGGUCAGAUGUUGUUUCGCUUAUUGCUUUCGGUGGCACUCCGUACACUGACAACGACCGUACAGUGAGCGCAAAGGUGUACUGCCUGACCGAUAGCACAGCCAGACAGUUCAAGGAGCUGACCGACAUGGAGGCAGGAUGCAGCCACGUCUGUGUUUCCGUUCUCGAUAAUUUCGUCUACGUGGUGGGCGGCCAGCACCUGCAGUACCGCAGUGGUGAAGGUGCUGUGGACACCGGUUUCCGAUACGACCCUCAUCUCAACCAGUGGUUGCGCAUCAGGCCCAUGCAGGAGAGCCGCAUUCAGUUUCAGCUCAACGUACUGCAAGGACGGCUGUAUGCCACCGGAGGGCGCAACAGAUCUGGCAGCCUUUCAUCUGUUGAAUGUUACUGCCCCAAGAAAAAUGAAUGGACGUACGUGGAUUCGCUAAAGAGAAGGAUAUGGGGUCACGCAGGGGCAACAUGCGGAGAUAAACUUUACAUCUCAGGGGGAUAUGGGGUUUCUGUCGAGGAUAAGAAGUCUCUUCAUUGCUACGAUCCAGCUACAGAUCAGUGGGACUUCAAAUGCCCAAUGAAUGAGCCACGAGUGCUGCAUGCCAUGAUCAGUGUAAAUGAGCGCGUCUAUGCUCUUGGAGGAAGAAUGGACCACGUGGACCGCUGCUUUGACGUUCUGGCGGUGGAAUAUUACGUUCCCGAGACGGAUCAGUGGACCACGGUUACUCCAAUGCGGGCAGGUCAGUCCGAGGCAGGCUGUUGCUUAUUGGACAAAAAGAUUUACGUUGUCGGAGGAUACAACUGGCAUCUGAAUAACGUCACAAGCAUCGUCCAAGUCUACAACACGGAGAUGGACGAAUGGGAAAGGGAUCUACACUUUCCAGAAUCCUUCGCUGGAAUUGCUUGUACACCUAUAAUACUGCCGCAAACUGCCACACAGAGGUGACUUGCUUCGCUGGAAAACAUGAGAUGAAAUAACAUAACAUUGCAUGAGGGUUUUUUUUUUUAUAUUUAAACCCCCUGUUCCGUCAAAGGGUUGCAUUUCGGUUGGUUAUGUUUAUGAGGUGGAAUCUGUUCAGCUGGUAAGAUGUAUAAAACUGAUCAGAGAGCGCUGACCUCGCCACCAUUUCAUAGUUUUCUUUCUGCUGAUGGACGUGUCGAUUACUUGGCAUAAACACGAGUCAUCAGCUCUUCUACACGGAUUAUCCGUAAAUUCUCCUCAGCCUCCGAUAGAAUUGACAAAACAAGCAGGAUGCUUCACGAAAAGGAAAAAAAAAUCUUGCAGUCAUGAUUAAAUAAAUGUUCUAGAAGAACAUUCUGCGCCACUAGGAGUACAGGAUGGUUUUCGAAGGACUGCGAGACAAAGCCGACUCCAUGGUGCCACAGGAUUGCUAGGUCUGAAAAUAUGAUUUGCUACAGUACGACGCGGUAUUUUGUGCAACAUGCUCGUAGCACGCAGUACACCAUCCCUUGUUCCAGUAUUAUGUUGUGCAUCAGUGAAUUUGGUCUUCUUAUAGCUUAAACAAUUAUUUACAAUAAGUGUUGCAGAAACACUUUCCUUAAAAUGUAUUAUGUUUAAAUAAGAAUAUGUUCGUGCAGCAGCGGUGGUGUAGUGGUUAGCGCUGUCGCCUCACAGUAAGAAGGUCCUGGGUUCGAACCCCGGGGCCGGCGAGGGCCUUUCUGUGCGGAGUUUGCAUGUUCUCCCCGUGUCCGCGUGGGUUUCCUCCGGGUGCUCCGGUUUCCCCCACAGU